AUGGACGGCUUCUACGACCAGCAGGUUCCCUUCAUGGGCCCCGGGAAGUCCUGCGCAGAGGAGGGCCGAGGCCGGCUGGGAUCUGAUAGGAAAAGGAAAUUUUUGGAGACUGACCUGGCCCACGACUCGGAAGAGCUCUUCCAGGAUCUCAGCCAGCUCCAAGAGGCCUGGCUAGCUGAAGCUCAGGUCCCUGAUGAUGAACAGUUUGUCCCAGAUUUCCAAUCUGAAAGCUUGGUCCUGCACGCCCCACCUCCGGCAAAGAUCAAGCGGGAACUGCACAGCCCUUCCUCGGAGCUGUCAUCCUGCAGCCAUGAGCAGGCUCUCUGUGCCGGCUAUGGGGACAAGUGCCUCUACAAUUCCGUGCAGGCAGCGGCCCAUGGGGCAGCCCCAGCGCCACACGCGCUGCAGGAGCAGAGGCAGCAGACUUUCGCCGUGCCGCGGCCACCUCACCCGCCCAUGCACAUGCCAAAGAUGAUGUCUGACAACCAAUACCCUGCAGAGCACAGAACCCAAGUCCUUAACACCACCUUCAUGUCCCUUGCAGAAGUGCCUAACUGCCAGUCCUCAUACCUGCGGGGUGGCAUCUUCCCCAGCAGCCAUGAUGGAUUUUCAUAUGAAAAGGACACACGAUUGUAUUUUGAUGACACAUGCGUGGUACCAGAGAGGCUGGAGGGUAAAGUGAAGCAGGAGCCCACCCUGUACCGUGAGGGCCCUCCCUACCAGCGGCGUGGGUCCCUGCAGCUCUGGCAAUUCCUGGUCACUCUCCUGGAUGACCCUGCCAAUGCCCACUUCAUUGCCUGGACCGGUCGGGGCAUGGAGUUCAAGCUGAUCGAGCCUGAGGAGGUAGCACGGCGCUGGGGCAUCCAGAAGAACCGGCCAGCCAUGAACUACGACAAGCUCAGCCGCUCCCUGCGCUACUACUAUGAGAAGGGCAUCAUGCAGAAGGUGGCUGGCGAGCGGUACGUCUAUAAGUUCGUUUGUGACCCUGACGCCCUGUUUUCCAUGGCCUACCCUGAUAACCAGCGCCCCUUCCUGAAGACAGAGCCUGACUGCCCGGUGCCCGAGGAGGAGACGGUGCCGCUGACGCACUUUGAGGACAGCCCAGCAUACCUCCUGGAGAUGGAUCCCUGCGGCAGCCUUCCCUACGCAGAGGGCUUCGCUUACUGACUCGGCCAGGCUGGCAGAGCCAUGAGCACUAGCACAUCCACUUGGGGCAAAUACGGUUUUCUAAAGAGUAUUUUUUGCUGUUCAUAAGGAAAAACAA